UUCUAAAAACAUAUACUACUCACAACUCCGAUCAACGCAGGCAAGCAGCACACAUCUACUACCGACCCAAGAAGCAGGAAAGCAUCUGUUCUCGUAGCAGCUAGAGGAAGAGAGAUCAAUGGCGGCAAUCGCAGCAAGAAGCCUCGUCCUGGCCGCGGCUGUCGCGGCGCUGCUGGUGGCGUCAGCGUCGGCGCAGUCCGGAUGCACGGCGGCACUCGUGGGCCUGUACCCGUGCAUGAAUUACAUCAGCGGCAACGACACGGCGCCGACCAAAUCCUGCUGCUCUCAGCUCAGCUCAGUCGUGCAGUCGCAGCCGCAGUGCCUGUGCAGCGCCCUCGGCGGCGACUCCGUCGGCGGCAUGACCAUCAACAAGACGCGCGCGCUCGAAAUGCCCAAUGCGUGCAACGUGCAGACCCCGCCGGCGAGCAAGUGCAACGGCGCUGGUGGUGGCAGUGCUCCGGUCGCCGGUGACACACCGGCCGUGCAGACGCCGGGCUUGGGAUCGAAGACGACGCCGUCGGGGUACCUCCAGGAGAGUGGAGGCUCGUCGCUCCACAGCCCAGCGAGUCUGGUGUUCGCGCUCGCGGCCGCUGCCGUCUACGCCAUGUCCGCCGUGUGAGGAGGCAGCGGAGAGGAGCGGUGACUCAUUCAGAAACUGUGUUUUUCAGAUGGAAAUUCUAUUUCUUGUGUUUAGCAGUUUCGUUUCCCACAUUGGUUUAAUUGGGACUUCAUGAAGAGGAAUAUGGUGGUUACUGUUGUUUUUGAUGGAGUAUGUUGCCUGAUCCAAUAAACCACAGCCAUAUUAGAGCA